AUGGCAUUCAGUCCCAAGACUGACGCAGAAAAAGCCGCGAAUGCAAUCACCAGCGACAUUCUGUCACCUCAAUGCACGGAAGAUCAUGAUGCACAUGCCACAACUCCAAAUCCCCAUCAUCCUAAGCCAAAGUUCAGCGUACGUGGUCGUCUUGGGGCAUGGAAUGCACGCCUGGAAUCUCUUUCAGGCUUCGAGGCUCGCGGCAGUACGCGCGUGCCACCUUCCGAGCGGCGCCCUCCAUCGCCAUGGGACGACAUAUCCGUAUUGCUGGUCUGGUUCUCUGCCAACAUCUCUGUGAAUAAUCUCACAGUCGGUCUCUUCGGCCCUCUCGUCUUUAAUCUGGGUUUUCUGGACUCCGUCAUGUGUGCCGUCUUUGGCGCCUUGCUAGGCAGUAUCUCAACGGCUUAUAUGAGCAUUUGGGGUCCCAUCAGCGGCAACCGUACCAUGGUAGUGUUGAGAUACUUCAUGGGGUACUGGCCGGCCAAGAUCCCAACACUCUUGAAUAUCGUGCUAAUGGUCGGUUACUGCACAAUCGACGCAAUUCUAGGUGGUCAGAUGCUCAGUGCAGUCAAUGGUGGAGGACUGUCCAUCACGGUAGGCAUUGUGGUAGUUCAGACUGUGUGUUUGGCGGUGACAAUGUUUGGGAUGAAACCCUUCCAUAUGUAUGAGAGAUUUGCUUGGAUUCCCCAGAUCGUCGUUCUUUUGUUGCUUGGCGGCAUUGCCGGACGACAUUUCAAUGUCCAAACUCAGUCGAUUGGAUCAGACAUCACAAUCGCUGCUAAUCGACUGAGUUUCUUGUCAUUAUGCCUUUACGCGCCGAAUUCAUGGGGCGCCGCAGCCUCGGAUUUUUAUGUAUACUAUCCGGAGCAUACUUUGAAGAGGAAGAUCUUUCUGCUUACCUUGAUAGGGCUGUGGCUGUCAUUCUCAUUUGUUUAUAUCUUGGGGAUUGGGCUUGCAACAGGUAUGUCGGGCAAUACCGCAUGGCAGGACGCAUACAACGUCUCAGCGGGCGCAUUGGUUGUUGCCGGAUUCGAGCCCCUGAAGGGAUUCGGACGGUUUUGCGGGGUGGUUGUGGCUUUGGGCGUCAUUUCAAACAGCAUUCCGGGUACCUAUGCUGCUGCCCUUGAUUGCCAGAUCUUGGGUCGAUAUGGAAAGGCCGUUCCACGUUGGACGUGGUCGUGGGUGCUCGUCGUGGUCGAGCUCGCCUUGGCAUUAGCUGGCAGAGAGCAUCUCCUUGUCGUCAUGCAGAAUUUUCUUGCCUUGAUGGGCUACUGGGUCGAACUCAUGGUUGUGAUUGUCUUGGUCGAACACUUGUGUUUUCAACGAUCGCUGAGCCUUGACUGGGCUAGGUGGGAAGACAGGUCAUAUUUUCCCCUGGGCAUAGCAGCGCUGGUGUCUUUCCUACUUGGAUGGGUCGGGGCAAUAUUGGGAAUGUACCAAGUGUGGUAUACUGGUCCAUUGGCAGCCCGAGCGGCAUCUGCAGAUGUAGGACUCUGGAUAGGAACAGGGUUCACUCUAGUUACUUAUCCUUUGUUCAGAUGGCUGGAACUUGGAUAUUUCAAACGCUGA